AAGUUGCAUAAGGUGGUGUAGAUGUUGUAGUGGUGGUCAUCGUAGGGGAUUCUAAUUCCUUGCGGAUGUUGCGAAGAAGGAGAGAAGAACAAGAGAAAGCUACCGAGAAGAAGAACAAGAAGAAGAGACUGAAAGCGGCAUUGACUUUUGACUUUUAUGGGUUUCAUUUAUUUUCCUGCGUUUCCAUUUUGUUGGAAAAAUGAGAUGACUUUGAGUAUUGAAUCUCUCUCUUCAAAAGGGUAAGUCUUUUAGCUUAGACUUAGAUUCCUUGUAAAUUCAGAGCUAUGAACACCGAAGUCGUUGUGGUGGUCUUGCUUCUAUUGAUCACUGCCAAUGGAUCAUCUCAACAGAUUUCGCCGUCGCCUAGUCCUGAACCGAAUGUGGGUUCUGGUGGAAUUGUAUCUGAUGCAUUAACUGAGCAGAGGUGUUCAAAUUCGUCAACAACAAGCUGUCAUGACCUGAAAAACAUGACUGCUUGCCUCAAUGGUUCAUCUUCUGCUGCUUCCAAGGAUUUGUUUCUUCUUAUCCAGAAUGAUGGAGAGGACGCUCUACAAGCGAAUGUUACCAUCUUAGAUAUUGAUGUUACUUUUCCAGUGAUACGAGUGUCCAAACACCAAGCUAAAAGGAUAAAAAUUGUGGCAAAUAUUGAAGGAAGUCCAUCUAUAAUAAUAAAUGCUGGAAAUGGGAAAUGUAUAAUACACAUUGGAUCAUUGAAAGGGGAUAGUGAAUUUUAUAAGCAGUUUACCACCCAUUUAUCCCCCAUCUAUGGUGCCUACUUCUUGUUUUUUAUAGUUCUGAUUGCUGGAGGAACAUGGGCCUGCUGUAAGAUUGGGAAAAAUGAACAGCAGGUUGAUGGAGCCCGCUAUCAGGAGCUUGAAAUGGCAGAACCGGCCAACAAUUCAGUUAAUGACGAGGAAAUGGCUGUAGGGUGGAAUCAAGAUUGGGGUGACGACUGCGAAGAACCAUGGGAAGCAAAAUCAACAAAUGCACAUCAAAACGAAAAUCAUUCUGCUAAUGGUCAUACAUCCAGAACUUCUGAUAAAGGUGGAUGGGAAAAUGAAUGGGAUGAUUAGAGCAAGAAUAGAAAAUAAACCCUUGCAUGGUCUAGAAAGAUGGAGAUGGAAAAGGAAAGAGAGAGAGAGAGAGAGAGAAAAAAAAAAGGAUCGAUGGAUGUCGAGAAAUGCAGAAAAUGCAGCAGGAUGAAGAUGUAAAUACAGUGCUCAAUAUUUCUCUGUUCAUGCUAUUGUGGAAUAAUGCCACAGUAGAAACAAUUUUGACAUGUACACGAGUUUGUUUGUUACCUUUUUUUCCCAACAAAAAAAAAAAGAAGGAAAUUGAUAGGAUUAUUGCGCCUGUUUAUGUUCUUGGCAGCAACUUCUUGUUCCUUUUACUAGACAGAAUGUUAUCAUAUGCUAUAAUUAAGACACCCUUUGAUUAUUUCGAAGUAAAGUUUCUUCCUCA